GUGUGCAUCGCUUAAAUGCAGCAAGGAACAAAGAACUCACUUGGGCUUAGGGGUGAACACACAACCAGGGCUGCAGUUAGAAGAGCUCUUCCACGUGCCAAAGCCCACUGGCAAGGACAUCUGCUGGCCAGGGCUUGUUGCAGACAGAGGAUCUUUCUCAGGUGACACUAGCCUGCAUCACUAAGACUGCUGGCAUGGGCACUGGACUUGAGGCAACUGAGCAAGGCAACCACAGAACUCACAGGAAUGACAUUCAGCUGGAAAAUGCGAAGGCUGCUGGGAAAAUGGGCAUCAGUGUUGAGCUGGAAGCCAAAUAUGGUAAGCUGGUUCUAAAUCUCGGAGCAAUCACUCUUGGAGAGAAGUAUAGGAAGAACAUGAAGAACUCCCACCUCAGGAAAGAGGAGAAUGCAAACAUCUCUCUAGCUGUAUGUGCUCUCCUGAAUUCGGGAGGUGGAGAAAUCAAGGUUAAAAUUGAAAACGAAAAUUAUAGUCUCACUAGGGAUGGCCUGGGACUAGAUUUGGAAGCCUCUCUUUGUAAAUGUCUGCCCUUUGUCCAGUGGCACCUGGACUUCGCGGAGAGCGAAGGCUACAUUUAUAUCUAUGUGAAACCGUGGAGCCAGGAAAUCUUUGUACUGCCUAUUGGCACCCUGAGAACCAAUUUGUACAUAAGGAGCAUGUCAUCCUCUGUAGAAAUGAGCGCCGCAGCUACCCUGGAAUUUCUCCAGGACCUCGAGGAAACUGGAGGGAGACCCUGUGUCAGACCGGAGUUGCCUGCAGGCAUAACCUGCCCUGGAGUGGAAGGAGAAUGGCAACUGGAGGAUUUGGCUACUGCACUUUUUAACAAGACAGAAUUUCAGUAUGAGGAAACUUUCCCCUUUACCAGAUCCAGAUAUGUUGAAGUUACCUUGUUUUCAGUGAAGCGCCUGCGAAAACGCAUCAAAGAGCUCCUCCCUCAAACUGUUUCAGCUUUCGCCAACAGGGAUGGGGGAUUUUUGUUCAUUGGUUUGGAUGGCAAAAAUCAGCAAAUUAUUGGUUUUGAAGCAAAGAAGAGUGACCUUGUGCGUCUAGAGAGUGAAAUAGAAAAGUGCAUCCGACAGCUGCCUGUCACUCACUUCUGUGAGGAGAAGGGGAAGAUCAAGUACACGUGCAAAUUCAUCGAAGUGCACAAGUCCGGAGCCGUGUGUUCAUAUGUGUGUGCGCUCAGAGUGGAGAGAUUCUGCUGUGCAGUGUUCGCUGCAGAACCUGAAUCCUGGCACGUGGAAGGCAGCUGUGUGAAGAGGUUUACCACAGAGGAAUGGGUGAAACUCCAGAUGGAUACCUUGACCUUGGCUUACCCACUCCUUAAUGUCAGCAGGCUUCGUCACUUUAAAGACUGUUGGCUACGUGUCACCCCUGAAAAUAACUCACAAUUGCCACUUACUGGCUCUCCAGUGAUACUGCCACGUAACCUUACCUCACCUUUUGUCAUCUGCCCUGACUCUGAUGUUGCCAUGACUCCAUACCUUUCCUCUAUACCUCUUUUUGGUGUGGUAAACUGUUUUAAGACCUCCAGGACUUGUUCUGUAGGAACACUAAGCUCCCUGGACUGCAAUCUAACCACAACCCUGAUACCUCAUCUCUGCCACAAUGCCCUGCAGCCCAAAACACGUCAAUUCUUUGUGACACUCAGGUAUAUCACUGCCUACCAGCCAGGAGGAGUUUGCAUGUUGGUACUCCUUUUCCCUGAACUGGGAGUAAUCCAGGGAAAGGAGCCCCUGCCAAUCCCAGUUGUAGAUAUGAUAGCUGCCCAACAUAAGAAGGCAGCUCAGGUUGCGCUGCUCCUGGUCGCUGUAGGAACAGCCAUAAGUGCUGGUACUAGAUUUGCAGCGAUAACUACUUCCAUAACCCAAUAUGAUACGUUCACCUCUGAGAUUAGCAUCGGUUUUCAAGAGAUGUCUGAAACCAUGCUUACCGUCCAGAAACAGAUCGAUGAUUUGGCAGACGUGGAUUACCAGCCCCUGUCCACAGCAGAGCCUGAUGUGAACGUUUGCCAAGUGGACCCCGAUGGUGAUCUGAUUCCUAGACAGCAGGAAUCAGUUUCAGAGAUCCAACACCCCCAUUCCCCUUUCACCGUGAAGAUUUCAUCUCGGGAGCAGCAGGACUGCCAGAAAAUGAACAUCACCGUUGAAAGGACCCAUCCUGUGCUGAUUCUAAAUGCAGGAGAGAUCACACUUGGGAUAAAAAGUAGGAACAACAUGGAGACUCAUGACAGGGUAGAAGAGAACAGGAACAUUUCAAAAGCUCUGUGUGCUCUGAUGAAUUAUGGAAAGGGAAAGGUCAAGGCUCACAUUAAAAAUCCAGACUAUAGUUUGACUAAACAUGGAAUAGGAGACGAUUUGGAAACCUCUUUCAAGAACAUUUUGCCAUCUAGACCCCUAGACUUUGAGCAAGAUCAAUCCUACUUUUUCAUCUGCGUAAAAUCACAGAGUCCAGAUAUCUCUGUUGUGAAGCCUGCCACCAUUGCAACCAAUUUGUACAUGAGAAAUGGGGCAUCUUCAGUUGAAAUGAACUUGUAUGCUGCUCAGGAGUUCUUAGAAAAAAUCAAGGUUGCAGGAGGAAGGUCGCCUUCAGCAAGGCCUUCAGAAAGGCCGAGCGAUGAUGCACAAGAGGAAGUCCACGUGCAGGAGUUGGCUGCUGAUUUUUUUAAACAGUCAAAACUUACAAAGAUGGAAAAAAUCUUAUUUAGCGAAUCCAAAAAUGUUGAAUAUAAAUCCUUUGAAACAAAAAAUUUGCUAAAGAGAGUUAAAGAGAUUCUCCCUCGAACUGUUUCUGCCUUUGCCAACACUGAUGGGGGAUAUUUGUUUAUUGGUUUAGAUGAAAAAAACCAGCAAAUUAUUGGUUUUGAAGCAAAGAAUUGCCAGCCUAAUCACUUAAAGAGUACAAUAGACAAGUACAUCCAAAAGCUGCCUGUCACUCACUUCUGUGAGGAGAAGGGGAAAAUCAAGUACACGUGCAAAUUCAUCGAAGUCCACGAUUUCGGAGCCGUGUGUUCAUAUGUGUGUGCGCUCAGAGUGGAGAGAUUCUGCUGUGCAGUGUUCGCUGCAGAGCCCGAAUCCUGGCACGUGGAAGGCAGCUGUGUGAAGAGGUUUACCGCAGAGGAAUGGGUGAAGCGCCAGAUGGAUGCCACAGAAGUGAUGCCUGGAAAGGUGAUAUGCUCUCCAGAAGCCCUCUGCAUGAAACCAUUCUCACAAUAUGAAGGCUAUGGACAGUUAGUCCGGACAGAGUUGAGCUCACUUUGUAGAGGAACACUGGUUGUCCCUAAGAGCUGGGCUUUGGAUCUGGGCUUGCAAGAGAAGCAGGAAGCUAUCUGGGAUAUGCUUCAUAUUUCCCAGGGCAGUCUCCUGACCCUGUAUGUCUUUGUCCGGGGAGAUGAGAACCUGGAAGACACCAGCACUCUUCUGGAGGAACUAGGCGCUGAGUUAAAGGGCUAUUAUAAACAAACUGCCCUGACACUAAAGCAGACGUUGUUAAACCAUAUUGGUUGCACUGCGAAAAUAGGUAUUAUAGUCAAGAUAACGUACUUGGGUCAUAAGACAAAGUGUCUUUAUGACUCAAGCUCGAAAAUACGUUACUCCGAAGAAUAUUAUCUGAUGCCCAAGACAGUAAGUUACUUAGAAAAAGCUCUUGCUGAAAUCUUAGGAAGUCAUGUGUCUUUCUACAGUUUACCCAGGUAAAACUGUAGUGAUCAUUUUAUGUCUGCAUUUUUAAAGACAUGCAACUAUAUAGUUUACUUUUCGAGAAAUGUCUUAACUCAUGUUCGAGUCUGGCUUGACACAUUCUGUCUUAAAGGAAAACAUUGUAUGUCUUGUAUGUAAGACAGUCUACAGGCCGGUCUUAAGCCAUGCUGGCAGUUUCUAUGGGGCUACAGCAUGGCAUCUAUUUUUCUAUUUGUAUGAUCUUUUCCGAUGAAGUACUGAUAACAGGAUUUUAAGAUGUUGAUAUCGUUCGUUUAGGGUUUGACGUGUUGUAUUUUUACGUUUGUAUCAUCAUGAUGUCUAUGCUGUAGAUAAUACCUGUAAAGGUAUUUACACCAUUGAGUUUACAUGAAAGUAUCACGCGAUAAUUGAAAUGUUGGUAUUUCCUUCAUAAAGGAAGAAAUGUCGUUAUUGUAAAUCUACGUUUGUGAAGGAUAAAAUUUCUCAACAUUUAGCCUUUAGUAGCUAUUGUACAUACAGUGGCAACCUGUUGUGAUUUUUGAUGCAGUUCAUCGAAAGACUGGUUGCCCUUCACGACAGUUCUGAUGACAGGGGCUAUGAGAUGGGUGCUCACAGGCGCCAAUCAUCCUUAGCCAUGUUCUGUUCUGAUCUAUUUCUUUAUCAAUACAAUUUAUUUUUAAAAUAUACUUCAUUUUUCAUGUACUCUGCUCUCAGAUCUGUGUUUUUAUGAAUACAGUUCUUCUGCUUGUAUUUUUCUUCAACAAAGCUUCAUUGUUCAACUGCGAAGUUAUACAUACCAAAAUUUGGAUA